AUGGCGCAUGCCUCUUCUGCCGCCAACAGCCCGCAAACCGCCUCCCACGGCCGCCGCGGCAGCAAAAGUCUCCAGCAGGCCUUCACCUUCUCGACACCUCAUGCCGCCGCUGCUGCCGCCGCCGCCGCCGCCGCCGCCGCCUCCAGCAACCGCGCCCAGACUUUCAGGAAACGCUCCCGGACCACCGACGGCUACGGGAACCCGGAUGAGCUCUUCGACGACGACAGUCCCCGCAAGGGCGGCCACACCCUGCGCAAGCGCGCUCGCGUCGACUACACCUUUGAGCACGUCGACGACGAGGUAGUCGUCCCCAGCUCAACCUCGUCGUCCCGCGCAAACGCAAAGAAGCGCGCGCCCGACCCCGCCGCCUCGGACCUGGACGGCUUCUACCCCUCGGCUCCCAAGAGACGCGGCGCCUCCCUCGGCGCCGAAACCGCCGCCGCCGCCAGCGCACGCAGAAACUCGGCCGCUCACAAGUCCGUCGCCGGCAGCGCUGACCCCCCCGACGAUGAGGACGUCAAGGACACCAUCGAGGUGGGCAUCUCCUUCUCCGACCUGGGCGAGUCGCCAGAGAUGCGCCGCAGCAGCCGCUCAAGCCUCUCGUCGCCGCACCGCUCUCUCGACGCCUCACUCAGGUCCGCUCCGGCAGCUGCCAACCUCCCUCCUGGCCUCUGCCCCGACGAUACCGUCACCAAUCAUCACCGUGCUGCUGCAAGUCACCAACCCAGGACGGAAACCAUUGAUCCGCGACUUUGCGCGAGUCCCCCAGCCUUAUUCCCCCCCUUUGACCCGGCCAGCGAGCCCGUCAAAGCCCAGCCUGAAGCCGCGGAGCUUCAAAACGCUCAAGUGCCUGCGCGUGCGUCUCCAGAGACCCCUGCACAGGUCUCUGGGAACACCGGCGUCGGCCAGACCUCUUACAACCUGCCCACCAAUGGCCAACUGGCUGAUGCGGUCGCUGUUCCGUCGGUUGCAGAACCAGAAACUGCCGGACACAGAGCCGAGCCAGCUCCACCCCUCCAAGUGCCAGUAAAUGAGGCUGACGAGCCUAAGCCAUCUGAUGCCGCUGAAAGUCAGAAAGCUGUCCAUGUCGUCUCCGCUGCUGAUGAGGCUCCAGGAGCGACCGGCUCGGCCAACGAGGUUGAAAAACCUCCCGCUGCGAAUCCGUCUUCGCCUCAGCCUCAGACUAACCCGGAACCUGUGGACACAUCUCCCGCUAAAUCAGUAACUAUACCGAGAACAGCCCAACAAGGAGACGAAGGAGAUGAUCAGCAACAGAAACAGCAACAGCAACAGCUACGGCAACGGCUACAGCUACAGCUACAGCUUCAGCUUCAGCAACAGCAACCUCUGCAACAGCAACCGCAACAAGUAGACAUUACUGCAGAAGACGAGAGGGCGUCAACUACUCAGCCUAGCACAUCUCUGGACGUUCCCGUGACGAUGCCGUCCAUAUCUGUACAAGAGGUUCAUGAUGAACCCCAAAAAACACAACAACCCGACGUGGCCUUUAAAGAUGUUCAAGACGGGCCUAUUUCCAACGCGUCAAAGCCGUCGCCACUCGCGGUUGCCGUUGAAGCCAAGCCCGUGCAAGACUUGGAACCCAUCAUCUCCGAGCAAAAGGAUGCUUCCAAGACUAAACGAUCGUCCCAAUCGGGGCCCAGUAAGCCUCAACCGGCCCCCGCUGGCCGCUGGUCAUACCUCACCCCUUACAUAGACGGCGAAUACGUGACCUAUCCUGAAAAGAAGGCGCGCACCGAUGAUGAGACGGCUGGCGACGAGGCCAUCCCGGAAGACAAGGACGUCGACAAGGACGCUGACAAGGAGGUCAACGAUAUAGAGCCCCUGAUGGACGACAAUGACGACACCCCGGAUCCGUCGGGCUUCGAAGCACAAACACCCGCCCUCAACACUCCCCUAAGGGGCUCUCCCGCCCCAGACUCCUCGGACCCCACCGCCUCCAACUCGCCUGCUCCGGCGGGCGACGACGGCGACGAAGGUGACGUGUCGGAGUCGCAGGAGCCGCCGGAGAGUAGACGCCAUUUCAGAUAUCGGAAACUGCGGGAUCCGGAGGAGUACGUGUCCAUCAUUGAGAAUUACGAAGACAUGUCGACCGCCGAGCUGUACGAGGUGCUCGAGGCAAUCAACGUCUCACUCGUGCAGUGGCAGUCGGAAUGGACGGACCUCGGCAAGGUCGUUGACGAUCACGAAAACUCGCUUCGCCGGCGACUGGCCGAUUCCAAGUACGAAUCCAAGACCAGAAACCUGGCCCAACACGGCGUCAACCACGAGGAGCCGGACUUUGCCGUCAAGGGCUACAAGGCAAAGGAAAAGGAGCUGAUGAGCGAAACCCGCUACCUCCAAGGUCAGGACCGGAUCAUGGCCGCCACGUACGGCUUCGAGUACGACCCGCACCCAUCCAAGAUUGGCCGCCAGAACCCGGAGACGCAGCAGGUGGGCAUCAUGACGAGGGGACGCUCGUUGCGCAACCAGCCAAGGCAGACGGUCAAAGCGUCCGAAGCAGACGAAGUCACGGGCAAGCGGCAGCGCAAACCUGUGCAGCACUUUGAUCCCGCGACGGAGAACGCAAGUCGCAGCUCCACCCCGGUGCCCACGAGGUGUCGAAGACGCAGGAAUGUCAACGCCGCCGACGACGACGCCCACGUCGCCUUUGGAUCCAGCUUCAACGGGGACGGGAAUUCAGACGCGGAGAGCGCCGCCAAGUCGAGAAGGCGUCGCGGGGCUCACCCGAGCAAUUCCUCAGCCGCCGCCGCCGCGCAAGCGCCAAAUGCCGUGAAGGUGGAGGACGAAGACGGAGAGGAGGAGGAGGAGGGGGGGGAGGGGGAGGAAGGGGAUGCCCAGCAGGAGGGGACUGGCCGGUCCGGACGCCGCCGCGCCAGGCAAUCCGUCCGAUACGAUGCAGCUUAUGCCGGCAUGGCAGAUGACAAAUCGCAGCCCGAGCCCAAGCUCCGGAAGCGGCACAUGCUGACGCUCAAGAUCCCCCGAUGCAAGAACUUCAGCGAGCCUUCCUCGGCCAUCACCGACAACGGCGACUCGAGGCCCUCCACCGCCUCGUCCGACUCGAGCUCCCACACAGCAGAAUCCUCGUACUCGUUUCGGCCCAAGCGGCAGAAGCGGUUCCGUGACGAGCCCAACGAGAGCGAGGAAGCCAUGCAGGCGCCGCCCCGAAAGCGCGCCAAGCGGAGCGUGCCGCAGCACCUUCACGGCGGCGCCGAGCCGUCCUUUGCGCUCGACCACCCAGUCUUGAAUGCGGCGCAGGGGGGCAGCGCUCGCAAGGUGCACAGGAUCAAGGUUGUGCGCCCAGGUGGCGGUGAUGCGCGCAACGGCACUCCGUCCUCUGCGGCAGGCGCGGACGGAGACGACAAGCCCAAGGAUUACAAGAACAUGACCAAGUCGGAAAAGAUGUCUGCAUCCAUGAAGAGUCGUUGGGCAAACGGCAACAUGGCUGGAGCCGUCGAGAAGCGCAAGGCCACGCUGGCAGCCAAGAAAGCCGCCCUUGCUGCAGCCGACUCGCGCAUCGGCACCAUAGCCCCCAAGCCGAAAGUCAAGCCGAUCAAGAAGGAGCCCCAAGCUCACGGCCACGCGCCGGCCGGCUAUGUACCCGCCGUGCCGGGCAUCGGCUAUCCAUUCUCCGCGAAUCAAUGA